AAGCUAUGGAGACCGAAGGAACUCGGCUCGAUGGUUCAAUAGUCGGUCGGACGUGCUCCGAGGAUGUUGUCGAGACGAGAGAAGCUAUUAGUCCAGCCCUGGCAAGACCGCCGCUACCAGGACCACAGGAAGAAGGUGUGUCGCUCGCGGCCGGCCGUGGACUGCUCGCGCCCGGAGCCCCGCCCGCACGUGCGGGUGAAGGCGGCGCGCGGCCGGCGGGAGAGCGAGCGCGCGGCGCGGCUCCUGGACGACAACUACCGCCUGCUGCAGAGACUCGCACACGUCAUGAGCGUCAACAGACUCGACAACCGAUGGGACAAGCCGCUGCCUAAUUUCCGCCGCAAGGUCUGUCGCUUCUCCGUCGCUCCGUGUCGGGCGCGAGUCCCGUCUCCCGACCCGCCUCCAGUCAGCGUCAAGUGCUACGCGUGCGAGUAUCGUAAGAUGGAAUCUCGCCAGCCGCGUCGAGCUCCGUCCUUCAUCGUCUAGCGCGGACGCGGCAUGCCAGUCUCCGGCCGCCGAGCACAGCUCGUGCGUGGAUCGAUACUUAUUCAGAUUAAAAAUAAAAACCUCUUAAUAUUGGACAGAA